AUUAUAGUUUAGAAAUUUCAACGUAAAACUUCUAAGAUACCAAACAAAAAACAAACAAACAAAAUGAAGAUGACACCAGAAAUCGAUCCGGGUCUACCCGAAUGGAUAACCAUUGAAUAUAUUCAAGAUAAAUUGAUUAAACGCCAUAAGGAUGACAGUAUUAAAGUAUUGAAAAUCAGUGGCAAAUCUGCCAGUGGAAAGGGUGAAAAUUACACCAGUGCCAUUUUACGUAUUAGGGUGACCUAUGUAAGCGAUACAAUUGUGGAACCCAAAACCGAUUCCUUUGUUAUUAAGAUGACCUUCCAAGGAGAAGGUAUUGAGGGACAAGUUCUUGGCCAGUAUAAUGUUAUUCAGUGUGAAAUUGAUGUUUAUCGUUAUGUGAUGCCACGAUUCGAUGACCUUAUGAAGGAACUCGGAGAUGAUGAUCAAAUUUUUGCCAAGACUUUAUAUGUAGAUGAUAAACAGGGUGCCAUUAUUUUUGAUGAUUUGGUAGCCAGAGAUUUCGCUGUAGCCAAUCGUGUGGCUCGUUUAGAUACAAAACAUGUCCACUUGGCUUUGCGCAAGUUGGCUAAAAUUCAUGCUUGCGGUGCUGUGUUAAACGAACGUGAUCCAGAAUUCUUUAAGAAGCAUGUAUUCGAUCAUGGUUUUUACAAUCGCCAUACAGAAGGCUUUAAGCCCAUGAUGUGUGGCAUUAUUUCUGGUCUUUCGCAUUAUGUUAACAGCCGUCCUGAUCUUAAAGCAAAAUAUGGCAAGAAAUGUGAAGGUCUAGUAGAUCGUAUUAUGGAAGAUACCGUUAAGUGUUUCGAUCCCGAUGACAGACAUUUCAUGACUUUUGCUCAUGGUGACUAUUGGACAAAUAACAUGAUGUUUCAGUAUCCCAACGGUAUCGAUCAAGAACCCUCAGAUGUUUGUCCUUUAGAUUUACAACUUUGUGUUUGGGGUCAUCCUGCCAUUGAUUUGCAUUAUUUCUUUAAUACCUCUUUGAAGGAGGAGUUGCGUCUGAACAAUCAACAAGAGUUUAUUAAGUACUAUUAUGAUAUUUUGGCAAGCACCUUAAAAGCUUUAAAGUUCAAAGGUCGUUUUCCUUCACUAUUCAAAUUCAAUUUGGAAGUACAAUCUCGUAAAUUUUUGGCCAUUAACGCUUCAUUUGUCUUCCAAGCCCUUAUGCUGAAUACAAAUACGGAACAUGCUGAAUUUAGUACAUUAGUCAAUGAAGAAGAAGUCGGUAUUAAAUUUAAGGAUUCAUUAUAUUUUGAUAAUGAAUUGAUGCAAAAGACUGUGGAACUUUUACUGCCCAUUUAUGAUAAUUUAGGUCUCUUAGAUCCUAUGUAAUAAAAAAGCCAAACAUAUUUAUUUAUUAAAUAACUUAAAUAAAUGUACUUAGAAUUAUGAGAAAAUA